UUCAUGGAGAAAAAUAAAAAUAUCUAGUUCUUACAGAGAAAAGGAAACGAAAUAUCCGGCUAUAUAUCUUCGCCGGCGGCGAAAAACACAGUUUAGACUUUCCCGGAGAAGAUCCUCAUGUGGGCGUUUCAGGUAUCUCCUCCUCCUUCACAACAACUAGCUUUCUUCCCCAAACAUCACGCCGCCUCUUCCCUUUCAUUCACUCCGGCAGCAACUUUCCGACCUUCAUCUCUCUCCGUUACCUCUAACCCAGAAUUAACCAUCCAAAACAACAAUCUCAUUCAAUCUCUCUGUGAAAAAGGCAAACUUAAGCAAGCCCUUGAAUCCCUCAAUCAAGAACCAAAUCCAAGCCAACGCACUUACGAACUACUCCUCCUCUGUUGCAUCCGUCAAAACUCUCUUUCCGAUGGUAUAUCCGUUCACCGGCGUCUUAUAAACGAUGGGUUCUGUGAAGAUUCUUUCCUGGCUACAAAACUUAUCAAUAUGUACUCUGAUUUACAGUCAAUUGAUCAUGCACGCCAAGUGUUCGAUGAAAUUAGUAACAGGACAAUCUUUGUUUGGAAUGCGCUUUUUCGAGCUUUAUCGUUGGUGGGUAAAGGGGAAGAGGUUUUGAUUAUGUACCGUAUGAUGAAUUUCAUUGGAAUUUCUUCAGAUAGAUUUACUUAUACUUAUGUUCUUAAAGCUUGUGUUUCUCCUGAAUCUUCUUCGAUUUCAUUGUUAAACAAAGGGAAGGAGAUUCAUGCUCAUAUAUUACGACAUGCGUAUGAAACCCAUGUCCAUUUAACGACUACUUUAGUUGAUAUGUAUGCGAAAUUCGGACGAAUUUCGAAUGCGAGCAUUGUAUUCAACUCGAUUUCUACUAAAAACGUUGUCUCAUGGAGUGCUAUGAUAGCUUGUUAUGCUAGAAACGGAAAACCAUUUGAAGCUUUGGAGCUUUUCAGCAAUAUGAUGCUUGAAGGACAUGGUUUGUUUUCGCCUAACUCUGUAACAAUGGUUAGUGUUCUCCAAGCAUGUUCUUCGCUCGCGGCUCUAGAACAGGGUAAACUAAUCCACGGCUAUAUAAUCAGAAAUCAUCUCGAUUCAAUUUUACCGAUUAAUGCAGCGCUCAUAACUAUGUAUGGUAGAUGUGGUGAACUUGAAAAGAGUCAAUCCAUUUUUGACCGAAUGAACAAUCGAGACGUUAUAUCAUGGAAUUCCUUAAUCUCGAGCUACGGAAUUCAUGGGUUUGGUUUGAAAGCGAUUUCGAUCUUCGAGGAAAUGAAAAGAUUAGGUUUCUCUCCAAGUCCGGUAACUUUCACUAGCGUAUUAGGAGCCUGCAGCCAUGCGGGGCUCGUAAACGAGGGAAGAAUGAUAUUUGAAUCGAUUAAGGAUCAUGGGUUUUAUCCAUUGGUAGAUCAUUACGCGUGUUUGGUCGAUCUUCUUGGCCGAGCCAAUCAAUUGGAUGAGGCGGCGGUUAUAAUCCAAGAUAUGAGGACUGAACCUGGGUCUAAAGUAUGGGGUUCAUUACUAGGAGCGUGUAGGAUUCAUUGUAAUGUUGAACUUGCGGAGAGAGCUAGCCGCAGGCUUUUCGAGCUCGAACCGAAGAAUGCGGGGAAUUACGUUCUUUUAGCUGAUAUUUACGCAGGGGCGAAAAUGUGGGAGGAAGUGAAAAGGGUGAGACGAGAUUUAGAACUUUUAGGUUUGCAGAAGGUUCCGGGAUGCAGUUGGAUCGAAGUGAGGAAGAAGGUAUACGCUUUUACUUCAGUUGAGGAAUUAAAUCCGCAAAUUGAGCAAAUUCAUGCUUUGUUGUUGAGAUUAUCUAUGGAAAUGAAGGAAAGAGGUUACGUGCCGGAGACAAAGGUGGUGUUGUAUGAUCUUGAAGACGAAGAAAAAGAAAGGAUUUUGUUAGGUCAUAGUGAAAAGUUGGCAGUUGGAUUUGGAUUGAUUAAUAGUGGUCGAGGGGAGAAAAUUAGGAUCACGAAGAACUUGAGAUUGUGCGAAGAUUGUCACGCUGUUAAUAAAUUUGUGUCGUGGUUUGCGGGUAGAGAGAUUUUGGUAAGGGAUGUUAACCGUCUUCAUUGUUUCAAGGAUGGCGUUUGUUCUUGCAAUGAUUAUUGGUAAACUAGUUUCAAUUAUUCAUAUAUAUAUAUAUGGCUUUUAUACCGACCUUUUUUGUGUUUAACUAGUUGACCCGGGAUGAGGCUGAAGAAAAAACGCGAUAUUUAACACAUUAACAUGUUAUCGAUAUACUUGUUUUUGUCCACUAUUGAACUAUCCUGAAGAUUCGAGUUACUUACCACUAACUAGGCUAAGCCCUUUUAAUAGUUGUAAAGUUGAGGACAGUCUUUUGUGGUGGUACCAUUUAAAAGUUGGGUAGGGACAAGUGCCCUUAAUUGGUGGUGAGGUACCAUCUUCAAUCAAAAUAAUUAAUAUACUUUUUGAGAUUCCAAAUCUCUUUGACAUCUACAAUUCUCAUGAAUCCAAAGCUCUUUGAUUUUCUCCCAUAUAAAUGAAUAAGCUCUUAAGAAAACAGAAAUCCAAAAGGAGAUAGAGAUGAAGAAUAUCUGCAUUUGCAUUCCAUGUCUGAGAAACAAGAAACCAAAGACUGAAUCUGAUGGAGAUGGGAAAAGUAGAGACGAGACAGAAAAAAUGGGCGAAACCAAUUCCGGUUCUACUGGAAUUGGAACUAUUGCUGCCAAGAGCGCCGAAGAUGGGUCGGCCGCUCUAGUUACGAUGAGCGCCGCCCAUGUAUCUGUCACGAGUACUAUGAUGGACAGCGAAUGUGGCAGUUCUUAUGGUGGUGGAGGCGGAGAUGGUGGUUGAUUAUGGAGGCUAAACUGGAGUGCUACAAGGUGAAACUAUGGUUUUUAUUUAUUUAGUAUGUGAUUUGGUUAUUACUCGAAAUUACAUUUGUGCCUUUUACUUGUAAUUUUCUUUCUUUACAGUAUAGUAAUUUCUCUUUGUGAAGAGUGAUGCUAUUCAUGUUUCUUUUGCUUAUUUUUUAAGUCUUUGUUGGUGUGGAUUUGACAUUUUUAUCCUUAACAAAUCAUCUAUUUUU